CAGGCACAUUUACUUGUUUUCAUAUCCCAAAAUUAUAACUCAAUUCCAUGUCAUAGCAACUGCCAAGCUAAAGAAAGCACUCCAAGGACCACAACAGAAAAAGCAUACACAAACCCAACCUGAUAUGUAAACUGUUACUGUUUUUGUCUUUCUUUCUGAAUAUAAACAACCUGCUAUAUAUGUAUGGCUAUCUAUAUGCCCUUGAUGAAAAAUGCCAAAAUAAUAAAUUUGCGGGGUGACCACAAUAGCGGUCUCCUCCCUCUCUUGGUCAUGCACCACAAUAGUCGCAGCACGCAAGCCCCCGGUGCGCAUGCGACGCAGCUGGCCAAGAGAGCAAGCAGGAAGCCGCCGUCAUGUGCUCUGCUCACAGAGGUGGAGCAAUAGGGAGUUCGGGCGCGUGCCGACUUCAGUGCUAGGCUAGCCGAAGCGAUAAAGUUAAAUUUGGCGAGAUUUUUCUCAAAAAGGAAAAUGUGUAGCAGUGUCUGGGCGUGUGGAGAGAUCAAAUUAGCGUGUGUUGCAAUGCAUACUGGACAGCUUAAUUAGGACGCGUGCUUCAUUGGAACCACAUUGCCUGUCCACACACUGGCUAGAGACGGCUCUACACUUUUCUGUCAGAAACCUCAUCACAACGCACGCAGCAUUGCACGUUGCGUGCUGACUAACCCCAAAUCACUUCACCAGGAUCCCAGCUUUUCCAGAGCCUACAAAUUCAGACAUUGGAACACAUCAGUCCUCUUGCACCAUCUGUCGCAAGCUAAUUAAGCCAAGCAGUCAAAUCUCCAGGAAAGAGAGCCCAAAGACAUCUCAAAAAAUGUAUACAGGUUCACAACCAACCAAAAAGAUUGGAGAAAGCAGGGCAACUCAAUGGUGUACUUUUCCAGGAGUGUCCUAAUUAGAGAACUGGAGUAGAGUUUUUCUCUUCUGGAUCAUUCUGAACUGAGUCCAAAUACUUGUGUGUGAGAAACCCAACUACAACGGGCAUUCAAAUCGUUAUGCAUGCAUUUUAUACGGAACCCAACACGCAUAAGAUACAUCUGCCUGCUUCGGCAUGGAAAUGUGAUAUAUCUGCCACUUUUCAGAGGACACAAAGGUGGCUUCAGUCUUCACAACAAGUUUGCUUCAUGUAUGUACUACUGUACCCAAGAGGUACCAUGCAUGUGAUGUGAGUUGCCGGAGAUCAAACAGAUCAUGUGCUAGGCCGACCACGAGCUUUCUGACUAAAUCUUCACAAAGAACAGACUGAUCGAUAUGGGUGCAUGAACGACUCACAUCACAGCUUCAGGUAAUUAACUGUCAGCACAAGCGCCUAGCUAGCUAGAGUGGAACCAAUCGGUGCCCACCGAAAUUGUUCAAUCCCUCAAGUUGGAACCCAUCGCUGUCCCCCCGACUCCUUGCACAUUGCCAAUAGCCACGUUCUCGACACGCCUCUUGUUCGCUAUGCGGUACGGUAUGGCCACGAUGAUAAGAAAGCAGACCAAUGCCUACCAGUUAUGACAAUAGGCUCCGGCAUACGCAAAUCAUUUGACCCCAUGGCCUUGUCCAAACUAAUCAUAUGCUGCAGCACUGCAUGUGCUGAUCCCAUGGCCUUGUCCCUUGCCAACCUUUCUCAAUGAUAGCUCCACUUCACCAUCACAAUGUCCUUCCCCUCGCCACCUUGCCUAUAAAUUCAGUAAGCUGCCGGCUCAGUAUCAUCACUUCAUCAGCUCAUCCACCAACUAAGAAUUUCAACAUCCAUAGCUCACUCCUUGAAAUUCUCACAAGGACCAAGAACCAACCAUGGCUGGUGCCAAAAGACUUGCUCAACUGGCAAAGAAGUGGCAGAGGGUGGAAGCACUUGGGAGGAAGAGGCUCACGGUAUCAGCCAAAGAAGAUCACGACUGCUGCAGUUCUGUGCCAGCCAAGGGCCACUGUGUCAUGUACACGGCCGACGGGAGGCGUUUCGAGGUGCCUUUGGUGUACCUGAGCACCACGGUCUUCGGCGAGCUCCUGAGGAUGUCUCAGGAGGAGUUUGGCUUUGCAAGCAAUGGAAAAAUCACACUGCCUUGCGAUGCUGCAGUGAUGGAGUAUGUCAUGUGCUUGCUCAGGAGAAACGCCUCCGCCGAGGUCGAGAGUGCAUUGCUCAGCUCUAUGGUGACAUAUUGCCACUACACUGGCUGCGCCAUGCCUACUGUUGGAGCCAGCCAACAGAUUUGCUGUUUGUAGCUUCUGAAGAGGCCCUGAUGAUGUCUUUUUUCUUGUGUAGUUUGCCUGGACAGUGUAAGAUUGUAAGAUAACAGGCAAUAGGAGCAGGAAAAUUGUAUGUAUAGCAAUCUGAUCAUUAAAGAAACAAAGCAGUACUCUGGGGCAUUCUUCUCUUAAAUUUUAGUUUCAUACAACUCCACAAUGGACCAACAAUGGUUGUGACUACUUUUAGAUGUCGAUAGUUUAAUCCUGCUGCACAGAGAAUACGCCACAAUUCUCCAUGCAAUCUAUCAUCUAGUCCAGUGGAAAAUAAAUACAACACCAUCAACAAAAUAAGCAAUGAAGUAGGUAAAAAUCACAAAAUGGAACGGGAACCAGGGUUCACUCCACAAGUAUUUAGGGGGCAGAUUCAUUUUUGGGGGUAAAACAAAUUGAUAGUUUACUGUUACUGAAAAAUUGAAUGUCCUACCCACAAAACUUUACAGAAGGUAGUGUCGGUGCAAGAUAUAGUCGAUGCCUGUUAUUCAGUUCACACAUGCAGCUAACUGAAGGCCCAAAGGAAAGUGCGGAGAAGGCGCUACAGAAUGGCUUCCUCAUGCAAUGGCAGACCAUCAAAAGAACUCAGUUAUGACACUGUUCAGCAAGUUGUGUGUGUUGCAUCAAUUAACAACUGUCCUUUUCACACCUAAUGAAAAUGUUAAGAAAACGCUGAAGUACAACCAUAGAUCCAAAUAAGUAAGUUUCUCAUCAGCUACAGGAAGACUAUAACUCUGAAUUUAGUCCAAGUACUUGUGUUUGACAAAUCCAACUACUAACUGGAAACGACACAUUGCAAUUGUUAUGAAUACAUACGGAACGCAAGACGCAUCAGAGACAUGUGCUUUCAGCUUAGAAAUCAAACACAUCAUGUGCUAGACCGAAGCAAGCUUUUCAACUCAAUGUCAACAGAGAAUAGAUUGAUCAGGUGCAUGAACAAUGCACGUUAGAAAGCACAUAGAUGGUGUAAGUGAGUGCUCACCGUCGCCGAAAUUGUUCAAUCCCUGAAUCUGGAACCCAUCACUGUCCCCUCCCCACAAGUUGCCAAUAGCCAUGCUCUCGACACGCCUCUUGUUCACUACGCGCCUACGCGGUUUGGUAUGGCAGCCACGAAUGAUAAGAAAGCCAACCAAUGCCUACCCAAGUACGACCAUAGGCUCCAGCAUACACCAAACAUUUGGCCCCACCGCAAUCUAAUCCAAAUCAAUCAUGUUGCGACAUUGCAUGCACUGAUCCCAUGGCCUUGUCCCUUGCCAGCUAUUAUCAAUGAAAACCACACUUCACCUUCAACGCCCUUCCCAUGGCCUAUAAAUUCAGCAAGCGACGAGCUCAACACCAUCACUUAUUCAUCAGCACAACCACCACCAACUGAGCAUCACGACAUCUAUCCCACUUCUUCAGAUUUCCAGCUGAAAACACAAAGGCCAAGAA